ACAGCACAGUGAUUUUGUGAAUUCAAUAUGCUCGCUUUGUGGGUGAUGAUAGUGCCACUAUUAGCCUCGGUUGUCCAGAUAGACAAACCGAAUCCUGUGUUGGUGGAGUUCAAUGGAACGGUAGAUUUAAACUGCUCCCGGACUGAAUGCCUUGAGCCGUCAUUCACCUGGCGUUCACUAGGUGACAAACCUUUCAAACCCAUAAAGCAGGAACAUGGGUUUGUGUCCUUCAGAAGUCAAGCGCUGACAAACUUUCCACUGGUAUGCACUGUUGCGUGUGAGAAUCAAGCACGUGCGCUUGAAGUCUCGAGGAAGAUAGUGGUUUACUCUUUCCCGAGCGACCCUGAGAUAACCGGAGAAGAUCAUCUGACAGUGAGUGCACAGCAUACGCUCACAUGUACCGCUCGGGACCUUUAUCCUCCUGAUGUGGUUUCAGUCAAGUGGGUGCACGGAGACAGAAGCGUUCCAAAGUCAGACUUCAACCUAAAAUCUGAAGAGCUGGAAGGAAAAUCUACAGUCUCCUCGAAAUACACAUUUACUCCCACUGCUCUGGACAACGGAGGAAACAUUACUUGUAAAGUCAUCCAAACUAUACCAACAGGUCGUGGAGAAAGACCUAUUACACGUUCAAGCUCAGUGCCAUUGACCGUAAACUUGUAUUACCUCAAGAAUAUAAUUAUAUCGGGGGAACAAAAUUUGACAAUUGGAAAGCCACUGGUCCUAACCUGCAACUCCGAUGGAAACCCACCUCCCGUCACAGUGUGGACAAAAGCUGGCAAGGUAUUAGACAGCACCAAAGAUGGCACCAUUGUCAUUUCGAACAUCACCUGGUCUCAUGGAGGUCACUAUGACUGUGAGGCAAACAACACUGCGGGGAGUGUGAAAUCCAGUGUAACAGUGAUCAUUCAAGGCCCCCCCAGUGGCACACAGGUGAGGGUCUCCCCAUCUGCGGAGCUGCUGAGUGGCCAGAAUGUGACCAUCAACUGCACAGCUCUCAGCAUUCCACCAGCCACCUUCACCUUGUUCAGACAGGACCACAGCCAACCGCUGCAGUCUGGAGACGGCACGUUCCACCUGCUUGACCUCACAUACGAGGACACAGGACACUACCUGAUCAACAUCACCAACAACUGGGGCUAUGCCAUGGAGACAUUCCACCUAAGCGUUGCAAGCUCACCUGUCCUGCCUGCAGCUGUCCUUCCUACAGUGGGUUCCGCAUCACUUUUGACCGCUUUGCUGCUGCUGUUUCGUUUUUUGAGAUCAAGAAAACGUUCAAAUGACAUUGGCAGUGGCAUGGUGGACAUAGUGGAGAAUGCACUGUGAUGGUUUGUAUAAAUAUGCACAGUCCUAUGGAAUAGAAUGAAUAGAAUAGAAUAUAUACUUUUUUGAUCCCGUGAGGGAAAUUCAGUUCUCUGCAUUUAACCCAAUUUAACCGAAUUAGUGAACACACAGCACACAGUGAACACACAGUGAGGUGAAUCACACAACCCAGAGCAGUGAGCUGCCUGCCCAACCAGCGGCGCUCGGGGAGCAGUGAGGGGUUAGGUGCCUUGCUCAAGGGCACUUCAGCCGUGGUGGACUGGUCGGGGAUCGAACCGGCAACCCUCUGGUUACAAGCCCGAUGCGCUAACCAGUACACCACGGCUGCCCAUGAAUCCAUAUGACAUGAAUCAAGUCAUAUGGAGUCGUAUGGGAUCCAACCAAUAACAUGGUGCUCCAUCAGGGGAAUGACUGAUGACACUUUCUGGAAUAAUUAAGGUGACUUAUUUUAUUUUCUUGUGGCCAGCAUUGCUACAGGAUUCCCUGACACUAUCUUUGGUUUUGUCAUGGAGUCAAUACUCCAGUCCAGGCCAUGAUUCCAAGAAGGUGGCUUAGUAGCAAAUCUAGGUAAGUUAACCGAGAAGAAUUUGUAAACCUGAUAACAGAAUAGCCUAGGGGGUCUAAAACGGACAUGGUUAUAGUACAUUAUUGGCUGAUAAUGUAAUGUCAUAUCGUGAUUAAUUUUUUUAAGUAGAAAAUGAAAUGUUAGGACUAAUCUUUUGUAUCUCUACAGUACAUUUUCAUGGUUAAUUUGAACUCAUAGAAGAAUGCCAGUGCCACCUUUGUAGACUCAUAUCUAGCCCCAACCAAUCCACUUCAUACUGCAAUUUGUUGUGUGCAAGUAAAAAGCCUUUGAUGCUCCAAGUACAGACCAGGGGUGUAUUCCAAGUAGGUGGUUAAAUGACAAACCUGGGUAUGUAUACCCAGAGGAAGUGGUAUAAACCUCCUAAUAGAACAGCCCUUUGGCUUUUGUUAAGUUUUGGAGAUAAUGUACCAUGUCAGUUUUAGAAUUUAGUUUAAAAAUAGCUAAAUAGUAACAACAUAGUAUGUUUAUUUUGUAUUGUAUGUGUUAUGUAUUCAUAUACUUAGAUGUUAUAUUAACAUAAUACAUUUAAACUGAAAUUUUUGAAUAUUUUUCAAUAAA